UCUAGCUGACUGGCGCACAUUUUUGCACGUUUAAAUUCCGACAUAAGGGUUCCGAGUUGAAUCAGGUGAACCGCGAUGAUCGCCUUUCUGUGGGUCGUGCUGUCGAUAUCGGUUGCGGUUCUAGUUCGAUGGCAGUGGCAGAAGAGAGUGAAAUUUGCGGGUGCCCUACCCCGGGCUAAACCAUACUAUCCGGUGGUGGGAAAUCUUCCGUUGGCGAUAGGAAAGAAUCCCAACGAACUGUUUGACUCCCUAUACGAGUGCUUUCGGCAACAUGAUCGUAUGUUUACCCUUCAGUUCAGUACGAUUGUGGCCGUAUGUCCGUCGCAUCCGGAGUUGAUUCAGCGAGUGCUUAACCACCCCGACUGUCAAGAGAAGCCGGAUGUGUACAAAGUAGUUCGAUUGCCGAAAGGGCUACUUGCGGCCAGAUAUGAAACCUGGAAGGUUCACCGGAAAACGUUAAACUCGACGUUCAAUACGAAAAUCCUGCACAGUUUCCUGUCUAUCUUCAACAAUAGUUCAAGGAGAUUGAUCGAUCGGCUGGGCCAGUGUGCUGAUGGCGGCGAAUCCUGCAAUAUACUUAAGUACAUUUCCGAGUGUACUCUGGAGAUGAUUUGCCGGACAUCACUCGGCGGGAAAGCUCUCGAAAGGGAAGGUCGACAGGAUUUCAUUGAAAACUUGGAAGUUGCUCUGACGACACUUGGCAAGCGAAUUUUCAGCAUCUCGUUGCACAACGAUUUCAUCUACCAGUUCACCACGCUGUACCGUGAAGAAAUGAAAGCUACCAACACUUGUCAUCAGUUCACUGAUAAGAUUAUCGCCGAAAAGCACAUCGAAUUCAAGUCACUAUAUGAUGGAACUGGAAACCCCGCUGGCGAAGCAUUGCCCGACGAGGAUGACGAGGAGAACUACAAGCGACCGCAAAUCUUCAUAGAUCAACUGAUGAAGAUGCCCUUGUUGAUGAAGGAUGCUUACAGCUUCAGUGAUCAGGAAAUUUCCGACCAUGUCUACACGAUGAUUGUUGCGGGAAACGAAACUUCGGCUACCCAAUUGGCUCACACCUGUCUGCUGCUGGCAAUGAACCCGGAUGUUCAGGAGAAGGCCUAUCAGGAAGUUCAGCAGGUCAUCACUUCUUCGGAUAUGUUCGUUGACACAGAUACUCUUAAACAACUGGUCUACGUUGAAGCGGUGCUGAAGGAAGCCAUGAGAUUGAUUCCGGUGGCACCCCUGAUUGCGAGGGAAAAUAUUCGGGACAUUGAACUGGACGGGCACAGGAUUCCUAAAGGAACGGUAUUUCUCAUGAACAUUUAUGCACUGCAUCGGAGAAGCGACAUCUGGGGAUUAGAUUCGGAACGGUUUAAUCCGGACCGUUUCCUAGGAGAUGAAGCAAGGAGACGACAUCCAUUUGCGCAUCUACCGUUCAGUGGAGGACCACGUGGUUGCAUCGGUUACCGUUAUGCUAUGAUGAGUUUGAAGAUUUUACUGGCGUUGAUUCUGAAGAAUUUUGAAAUUACCACCGACAUUAAGUAUAGUGACAUUAAGUACCAUUAUCAGAUUUCACUGAAUCUUGCCAUUCCGCAUGCCGUUAGCUUAAGAAGAAGGGAAUGA